GGCACUUAAUUGGGGAAGAUGGACUUGCUGACCCCAGAAGUGGAGCCGAGUGUCUGCAGGCUCAGGCUGACUGGAGAUGGAAGUAUGAUGUGAUGGAUAGAAUUAUGGGAUACUGUGUGGGCACACGGCCACCUCCUCCGUGCCUCAUCCUCCUGCUUGUCAAACUCUUGGCCACCUUCUCCCAGGGGUUGCCAAGGACCGGGCCCCUGGGCUUCCACUUCACACAUUCCGUCUAUAAUGCUACUGUGUAUGAGAAUUCUGCAGCAAGGACCUAUGUCAACAGCCAGAGCAGAAUGGGCAUCACCCUGAUAGACCUGUCCUGGGAUAUCAAGUACAGAAUCGUCUCCGGAGAUGAAGAAGGCUUUUUCAAAGCAGAGGAAGUCAUCAUUGCGGACUUUUGUUUCCUCCGAAUAAGGACCAAAGGGGGCAAUUCCGCCAUCUUGAACAGGGAGAUACAGGACAAUUAUUUAUUGAUAGUGAAAGGUUCUGUCAGAGGGGAAGAUUUAGAAGCAUGGACCAAAGUGAAUAUACAGGUUUUAGAUAUGAAUGACUUGAGACCUUUGUUUUCACCCACAACAUACUCUGUUACAAUCGCAGAAAGCACACCUUUAAGGACUAGCGUCGCCCAGGUGACAGCCACAGAUGCAGACAUCGGUUCCAACGGAGAAUUUUACUACUACUUUAAGAACAAAGUUGAUCUCUUUUCCGUUCACCCCACGAGUGGUAUUAUCUCUUUAAGCGGACGCUUGAAUUAUGAUGAAAAGAAUAGGUAUGAUCUGGAAAUUUUGGCUGUGGACCGUGGGAUGAAACUCUAUGGAAACAAUGGAGUGAGCAGUACUGCCAAGCUUUAUGUUCACAUUGAACGGAUAAAUGAACACGCCCCAACUCUCCAUGUAGUCACUCACGUCCCCUUCUCAUUGGACAAGGAGCCCACUUAUGCUGUAGUGACCGUCGAUGACCUAGAUGAGGGGGCCAAUGGAGAGAUUGACUCUGUUUCCAUUGUGGCCGGGGAUCCUCUCGAUCAGUUUCUCCUGGCUAAGGAAGGAAAGUGGCUGAACGAGUACAAGAUUAAGGAGAGAAAACAGGUUGACUGGCCAAGCUUCCCCUAUGGCUGCAAUCUCACUCUUCAAGCAAAGGACAAGGGGUCACCGCAGAAGUUUUCGGAAGUCAAGAUCGUCCACAUUGCCAACCCCAAAAGAGACAUUGUCCCCCUGAGAUUUGAAAAAGACGUGUAUGAUGUGAGCAUCAGUGAAUUUUCCCCUCCUGGUGUGGUGGUGGCUAUAGUCAAAUUAAAUCCCGAACCGCUAGAUGUGGAAUACAAACUGACUCCUGGUGAGGAUGCAGAGUAUUUUAAAAUUAACCCUCGGUCUGGUCUAAUUGUCACAGCACAGCCACUGAAUACCAUUAGGAAGGAGGUUUAUAGACUGGGGGUGUCAAACAAGGAAGGGGAUUUAAAAGCACAAGUUACCAUUGGCAUAGAAGAUGCAAAUGACCACACCCCCGAAUUCCAGCAUCCAGUCUAUGAGGCUUUUGUGAAUGAAAGUGUCCCUGUGGGAACCAGCAUUCUGACAGUUUCUGCUUCUGAUAAGGAUAAAGGAGAAAAUGGAUACAUCACCUAUAGUAUCGCCAGCCUGAAUUUGUUACCUUUUGCCAUUAACCAGUUUACUGGUGUUAUUAGCACAACUGAUGAAUUGGAUUUUGAAUCCUCUCCAGAGAAUUACAGGUUUAUCGUGAGAGCCUCUGACUGGGGUUCACCCUACCGCCACGAAAGUGAGGUCAAUGUGACUAUCCGGGUAGGAAAUGUCAAUGACAACAGCCCUCUCUUUGAGAAAGUUGCUUGCCAGGGAGUUAUUUCCUAUGACUUCCCGGUUGGGGGUCACAUCACAGCUGUCUCGGCAAUCGAUAUUGAUGAACUUGAACUUGUGAAGUACAAAAUCCUCUCUGGAAAUGAGCUUGGUUUCUUUUAUUUAAACCCAGAUUCUGGUGUUUUACAACUGAAAAAGUCACUGAUGAAUUCGGGCAUUAAAAACAGUAAUUUUGGCCUCCAGAUUACUGCCACGGACGGGGAGCAUUUUGCAGACCCCAUGUCUGUUAACAUUUCCAUCCUGCAUGGGAAGGUGUCUUCCAAGAGUUUCAGUUGCAGAGAAACACGUGUGGCUCAAAAGCUGGCGGAGAAACUGCUCAUCAAAGCAAAAGCAAACGGGAGACUGAAUCUGGAAGAUGGGUUUCUUGACUUUUAUUCCAUUAAUAGGCAAGGACCACAUUUUGACAAGUCUUUUCCUUCUGAUGUGGCUGUGAAGGAGGACCUACCAGUUGGUGCUAACAUCCUGAAAAUUAAAGCCUAUGACGCGGACUCUGGCUUCAAUGGGAAGGUGCUCUUUACCAUAGCUGAUGGAAAUACAGACAGCUGCUUUAAUAUUGAUAUGGAGUCCGGGCAGCUUAAAGUCCUUAUGCCCAUGGAUCGAGAACAAACAGACCUCUAUCUCCUUAAUAUCACCAUCUAUGACUUAGGUAACCCGCAAAAGUCUUCAUGGAGGUUGCUGACUAUCAAUGUGGAGGAUGCCAAUGACAAUCAUCCAAUUUUUCUUCAAGACAGUUACUCGGUUAACAUUCUUGAAAGUUCAAGCCUUGGUACUGAGAUUAUUCAAGUGGAAGCCAGCGACAAAGACUUGGGUUCCAACGGUGAGGUGACUUACUCAGUCUUGACCGAUACCAAGCAAUUUGGCAUCAAUAGCUCAACGGGAAUUGUUUAUGUAGCUGACCAACUGGACCGAGAAUCUAAAUCAAAUUACUCUUUGAAAAUAGAAGCCAGGGACAAGUCAGACAGCAGUCAGCAAUUGUUUUCGGUUGUCACUCUCAAAGUGUUCUUGGAUGAUGUCAACGACUGCUCCCCAGCCUUCAUUCCCAGUAGUUACAAUGUGAAAAUCCUGGAGGAUCUCCCCAUUGGCACUGUCAUUGCUUGGCUGGAGACCCAUGAUCCAGACCUUGGAUUGGGAGGCCAAGUGCGCUACUCUUUAGUCAAUGAUUAUAACGGGAGAUUUGAAAUCGAUAAAGCGAGUGGUGCCAUCCGGUUGAGUAAAGAACUUGACUACGAAAAACAGCAGUUCUAUAACCUCACUGUCCGGGCCAAAGACAAAGGGCGCCCUGUUUCCCUGUCGUCCGUUUCCUUUGUUGAGGUGGAAGUGGUGGAUGUCAACGAGAACCUGCAUACCCCUUACUUCCCAGACUUUGCUGUUGUUGGAUCUGUAAAAGAAAACUCACGCAUCGGAACAAGUGUGCUGCAGGUGACCGCUCGAGAUGAGGACUCGGGCAGGGAUGGCGAGAUCCAGUACUCCAUCAGGGAUGGCAGUGGUCUUGGAAGGUUUAAUAUAGACGACGAGAGCGGGGUCGUCACAACUGCAGACGUUCUGGAUCGAGAGACAACGGGCUCGUACUGGCUGACAGUGUAUGCCACAGAUCGGGGUGUUGUUCCGCUCUAUUCCACUAUUGAGGUCUACAUUGAAAUUGAAGAUGUGAACGAUAAUGCCCCACUGACCUCGGAGCCGAUUUAUUAUCCUGUUGUCAUGGAAAACUCUCCAAAGGACGUGUCUGUCAUUCAGAUCCAGGCGGAGGAUCCUGACUCGAGUUCCAACGAAAAGCUGACGUACAGGAUUACGAGUGGGAACCCUCAGAAUUUUUUUGCCAUCAACAUCAAAACAGGUCUGAUUACAACCACGUCGAGGAAAUUGGACCGAGAGCAGCAGGCAGAACACUUUCUGGAGGUGACGGUGACAGAUGGUGGCUCUUCCCCGAAACAGUCGACAAUUUGGGUGGUGGUUCAGGUUCUUGAUGAAAAUGACAACAAGCCUCAGUUCCCAGAGAAGGUCUAUCAGAUCAAGCUGCCGGAGCGUGACCGGAAGAAGAGAGGAGAACCCAUUUAUAGGGCAUUUGCAUUUGACAGAGAUGAGGGUCCCAAUGCGGAAAUCUCCUACAGCAUCGUGGAUGGGAAUGAUGAUGGGAAGUUCUUUAUUGACCCCAAAACCGGCUUGGUUUCCUCCAGGAAGCAAUUUUCCGCAGGGAGUUAUGACAUCCUGACGAUAAAGGCGGUGGACAAUGGGCGCCCACAGAAAUCCUCCACUGCCCGCCUGCACAUUGAGUGGAUUAAGAAGCCACCCCCUUCACCCACCCCGUUGACCUUCGACGAGCCGUUUUAUAACUUCACCGUCAUGGAAAGCGAUAGAGUAACUGAGAUUGUAGGGGUGGUAUCUGUACAGCCAGCUAACACCCCUCUGUGGUUUGACAUCGUGGGGGGGAAUUUUGACAGCUCUUUUGACGCGGAGAAGGGCAUCGGGACUAUUGUGAUAGCCAAACCUUUGGAUGCUGAGCAGAGGUCUAUCUAUAACAUGAGUGUGGAAGUCACCGAUGGGACACAUGUUGCGGUCACUCAGGUAUUCAUCAAAGUGCUGGAUAAUAAUGAUAAUGGCCCAGAAUUCUCUCAGCCAAAUUACGAUGUGACAAUUUCCGAGGAUGUGCUUCCAGAUACAGAGAUAUUGCAGAUUGAAGCCACAGAUAGAGAUGAGAAGCACAAGCUGAGCUACACUGUCCACAGUAGCAUUGACUCCAUCAGCAUGAGGAAAUUCCGGAUCGACCCCAACACUGGUGUCCUGUACACCACCGAGCGGCUGGACCAUGAAGCCCAAGACAAGCAUAUCCUCAACAUCAUGGUCAGAGAUCAGGAGUUUCCUUAUCGAAGGAACUUGGCCCGUGUCAUUGUGAAUGUGGAAGAUGCCAAUGACCACAGCCCUUAUUUUACCAACCCACUGUAUGAAGCCUCCGUGUUUGAAUCGGCUGCUUUGGGAUCCGCUGUUCUGCAGGUGACGGCACUGGACAAAGACAAGGGGGAAAACGCAGAGCUCAUAUAUACCAUAGAAGCAGGGAACACUAGAAACACAUUUAAGAUUGAACCCAUCCUGGGCAUUAUCACUGUUUCCAAAGAACCAGACAUGACUACAAUGAGUCAGUUUGUCCUGUCAGUGAAAGUCACAGACCAGGGUUCGCCACCAAUGUCUGCCACUGCCAUCGUACGGAUUUCUGUCACCAUGUCUGAUAAUUCUCACCCCAAGUUCACACACAAAGACUACCAAGCAGAAGUAAAUGAAAAUGUUGACAUUGGAACAUCAGUCGUUCUCAUCUCGGCCAUCAGCCAAUCUACCCUCAUUUAUGAAGUCAAAGAUGGCAACCCUGAUGGGAUAUUCACCAUCAAUCCAUACUCUGGCGUUGUCACUACUCAGAAGGCACUGGACUACGAACGCAUUUCCUUUUACCAGCUCAUCGUGCAGGCCACGAACAUGGCAGGGAUGGCUUCUAAUGCCACCGUCAAUGUUCAGAUUGUUGAUGAAAACGAUAACGCCCCAGUGUUUCUCUUUUCACAAUACUCAGGCAGCCUAAGUGAGGCUGCCCCAGUCAAUAGCAUUGUCAGGAGUGCAGACAACAGCCCUCUGGUGAUUCGAGCCACCGAUGCGGACAGCAACCGGAAUGCUUUGCUGGUGUAUCAGAUUGUGGAGUCCACAGCCAAGAAGUUCUUCACGGUGGACUCCAGUACAGGCGCCAUCAGGACAAUCGCCAAUCUGGAUCAUGAAACCAUUGCCCAUUUCCAUUUUCAUGUACAUGUACGGGACAGCGGUAGCCCCCAGCUGACUGCAGAGAGUCCCGUUGAAGUUAACAUUGAGGUGACAGAUGUGAAUGAUAACCCACCUGUGUUCACACAGACUGUGUUCGAGACUGUCUUACUUCUGCCUACCUACGUGGGAGUGGAAGUUCUGAAAGUCAGCGCCACCGACCCGGACUCCGAGGUGCCUCCAGAACUGACUUACAGCCUAAAGGAAGGCAGCUUGGAACAUUUCUUAAUGGACUCAAACAGUGGUGUGCUCACCAUAAACAACAACAACCUCUCCAAAGAUCACUACAUGCUGAUCGUUACAGUGUCGGAUGGAAAGUUCCAGAGUACAGCCAUGGUCACCAUCAUGGUGAAGGAAGCCAUGGACAGUGGCCUCCACUUUACGCAAAAUGUUUACUCCACUUCAAUCUCAGAGAACAGCACUAAUAUAACCAAAGUUGCCAUUGUCAAUGCAGUUGGAAAUCGCCUUAAUGAACCCUUAAAAUAUAGUAUCUUGAACCCAGGAAAUAAAUUCAAGAUAAAAUCUACCUCAGGGGUCAUUCAGACCACCGGAGUCCCCUUUGACCGUGAAGAGCAAGAGUUAUAUGAGCUAGUGGUGGAAGCCAGUCGUGAGCUAGACCACCUGCGUGUGGCUAGGGUGGUGGUCAGGGUUAACAUUGAAGACAUAAAUGACAAUGCUCCGGUCUUCGUGGGUCUCCCUUACUAUGCUGCUGUGCAAGUUGAUGCUGAGCCUGGGACUCUGAUUUACCAGGUGACAGCCAUUGACAAAGAUAAAGGUGCAAACGGGGAAGUGACCUACGUCUUACAGGAUGACUAUGGCCACUUUGAAAUCAAUCCUAAUUCAGGGAAUGUUGUUUUAAAGGAAGCAUUCAACUCUGAUUUGUCCAACAUUGAGUAUGGAGUCACCAUCCUAGCCAGAGAUGGUGGGAAGCCCUCUUUGUCUGCAUCUGUGGAACUUCCCAUAACUAUCGUCAACAAAGCAAUGCCUGUGUUUGAUAAGCCCUUUUAUACCGCAUCCGUCAACGAAGACAUCAGAAUGGACACCCCCAUUCUAAGCAUCAAUGCCACCAGCCCAGAAGGUCAAGGAAUCAUUUAUAUCAUUAUUGAUGGGGAUCCUUACCAACAAUUUCAUAUUGACUUUGAUACUGGAGUCCUGAAAGUUAUUAGCCCUUUGGAUUAUGAAAUUACAUCUGCUUACAAGUUGACAGUAAGAGCCAGCGAUGCCCUUACUGGUGCCAGAGCUGAAGUUACUGUUGAUUUGCUGGUUAAUGAUGUAAAUGACAACCCCCCUAUCUUUGAUCAACCCAUAUACAAUACAACAUUGUCAGAGGCUUCCCUCAUUGGGACACCUGUUUUACAAGUUGUCUCGAGUGACGCAGACUCAGAAAAUAAUAAGCUGGUUCACUAUCAGAUUGUCCAGGACUCUGACAACAGCACUGAGUAUUUUCACAUAGACAGUGCAAGUGGCCUGAUCCUGACCGCUCGUCUGCUGGACCAUGAGUUAGUACAACACUGCACGCUGAAAGUCAGAGCGGCAGAUAGUAGCUUCCCGUCACUGAGCAGUGAGGUCCUGGUUCAUAUCUACAUCUCCGACGUCAAUGACAACCCCCCUAUUUUUAAUCAGCUCAUUUAUGAGUCAUAUGUGAGUGAACUAGCCCCCCGGGGCCACUUUGUGACCUGUGUGCAAGCCUCGGAUGCAGACAGCUCUGAUUUUGACCGGUUGGAAUAUAGCAUUCUCUCUGGGAAUGACCGGACAAGCUUCCUAAUGGACAGCAAGACUGGAGUCAUCACCCUGUCCAACCACCGGAAGCAGCGGAUGGAGCCUCGGUACAGUCUGAAUGUGUCCGUCUCGGAUGGGCUGUUCACCAGCACCGCACAGGUGCAUAUCAGGGUACUUGGGGCCAAUUUAUACAGCCCUGCUUUUUCACAGAGCACAUACGUGGCUGAGGUGAGGGAGAAUGCAGCUGUUGGGACAAAAGUAAUUCAGGUUCGAGCCACCGACGGGGAUCCCGGGACCUAUGGACAGAUCAGCUACACCAUCAUCAAUGACUUCGCCAAGGACCGCUUCCUCAUAGACAGCAAUGGGCAGGUCAUCACCACAGAGAGGCUGGACAGGGAGAACCCUUCGGAAGGAGACAUCAGCAUUUUCUUGAGGGCUCUUGACGGCGGAGGAAGAACCACCUUCUGUACUGUGAGGGUGAUCGUUGCGGAUGAAAAUGACAACGCUCCCCAGUUCCUGACUGUGGAAUAUAGAGCCAGUGUCCGGGCAGAUGUUGGGAGAGGCCAUCUGGUCACCCAGGUUCAAGCCAUGGAUCCCGAUGAUGGAGCCAAUUCAAGAAUCACUUACUCUUUGUAUAGUGAGGCCUCCGUCUCCGUGGCUGACCUCCUGGAGAUCGACCCCGACAAUGGCUGGAUGGUCACGAAGGGCAACUUUAACCUGCUGAAAAACACCGUGCUCUCGUUCUUCGUCAAAGCCGUGGACGGGGGCAUUCCAGUAAAGCACUCCCUCAUUCCUGUUUAUAUCCACGUCUUGCCUCCUGAGACGUUCCUGCCUUCCUUCACCCAGUCUCAGUAUUCCUUUGCCAUUGCAGAGGACACCGCCAUUGGCAGCACGGUGGACACUCUGCGGAUCCUGCCCAGUCAGACUGUCCAGUUUAGCACAGUUAAUGGGGAACGGCCAGAGAACAACAAAGGGGGGGUCUUCAUCAUAGAACAGGAGACAGGCACUAUCAAGCUUGACAAGCGCCUGGAUCAUGAACUCAGCCCUGCGUUCCACUUUAAAAUAGCAGCCACCGUCCCACUGGACAAGGUCGACAUUGUGUUUACUGUGGAUGUAGAUAUCAAGGUCUUGGAUUUGAAUGACAACAAGCCAGUUUUUGAAACGGCAAGCUACGAGACCAUCAUCAUGGAAGGGAUGCCUGUGGGUACCAAACUCACGCAGGUGAGAGCUCUCGAUGUGGACUGGGGAGCCAAUGGACAGGUCACUUACUCCCUCCACUCUGAGUCCCAGCCUGAGAAGGUCAUGGAAGCAUUCAAUAUUGACAGCAACACAGGAUGGAUCAGCACCUUGAAAGACCUGGAUCAUGAGACCGAUUCCACAUUCACCUUCUCUGUGGUAGCCUCCGACCUUGGAGAAGCCUUCUCCCUUUCUUCCACGGCGUUGGUCUCUGUCAGGGUGACAGAUAUAAAUGACAAUGCCCCCGUCUUUGCCCACGAGGUGUACCGAGGGAACGUGAAGGAGAGCGAUCCCCCGGGGGAAGUAGUAGCCGUCCUUAGCACAUGGGACCGAGAUACUUCUGACAUUAAUCGACAAGUGAGCUACCAUAUUACAGGAGGGAACCCCAGAGGAAGGUUUGCCCUGGGCCUGGUGCAGAAUGAGUGGAAGGUCUACGUGAAGAGACCGCUCGACAGAGAAGAACAAGACAUGUACUUCCUCAAUAUCACUGCCACGGAUGGGCUCUUUGUCACCCAGGCCCUGGUGGAAGUAGCAGUCAGUGAUGUGAAUGACAAUCGCCCAGUCUGUGAUCAGGUUGCAUAUACAGCACUAAUUCCCGAAGACAUUCCAUCAAAUAAAAUUAUCCUGAAAGUCAGUGCCAAGGAUGCCGAUAUUGGAUCUAAUGGAGAUGUCCGAUACUCACUGUAUGGAUCUGGAAAUGAUGAAUUUUUCCUAGAUCCAGAAAGUGGGGAGUUAAAAACGUUGGCUCUGCUGGACCGAGAGCGGGUCCCUGUGUACAGCCUGAUUGCCAGGGCCACAGAUGGAGGUGGCAGGUUCUGCCAGUCCGACAUACGCCUGAUCCUGGAGGACGUGAAUGAUAAUCCCCCAGUCUUUUCUUCGGACCAUUAUAACGCCUGUGUGUUUGAGAAUACUGCCACCAAGGCUCUGUUAACCAGAGUUCAAGCCGUCGAUCCUGAUGUCGGCAUCAACAGGAAGGUGGUGUACUCCUUGGCAGACUCAGCCGGUGGGUUCUUCUCGGUGGACAGCUCAUCGGGCAUCAUUAUCCUGGAGCAGCCACUGGACCGGGAGCUGCAGUCUUCCUACAACAUCAGCGUGCGGGCCAGUGACCAGAGCCCCGGGCAGGCCCUGUCCUCUCUGGCCACUGUCACCAUCACCGUCCUGGACAUUAACGACAACCCCCCUGUGUUUGAGAGGCGAGACUACCUGGUCACAGUGCCCGAGGACACCUCCCUUGGCACGCAAGUCCUGGCUGUGUUUGCCACGAGCAAAGACAUUGGAACAAAUGCUGAGAUCACGUAUCUCAUCCGAUCUGGAAAUGAACAAGGGAAAUUUAGAAUCAACCCAAAGACAGGGGGGAUUUCUGUCUCAGAAGUCCUGGACUAUGAAUUAUGCAAAAGGUUUUACCUGGUGGUGGAAGCCAAGGAUGGGGGCACCCCGGCCCUCAGUGCAGUGGCCACAGUCAGCAUCAACCUCACGGAUGUGAAUGACAACCCUCCCAGGUUCAGCCAGGACAUUUACAGCGCGGUCAUCAGUGAGGGCGCCAUGAUCGGGGACUCUGUUAUUUUGCUAAUAGCAGAGGAUGUGGACAGCCAGCCCAAUGGGCAGAUUCGCUUUUCCAUUGUGAAUGGAGAUCAAGACAACGAAUUCGCCGUAGAGCCUGUCUUGGGACUUGUUAGGGUUAAGAAGAAACUGGACCGAGAACGGGUCUCUGGAUACUCCCUGAUUGUCCAGGCAGUGGACAGUGGCAUUCCUGCCAUGUCAUCAACUGCAACUGUCAACAUAGAUAUUUCUGAUGUGAACGACAACAGCCCUGUCUUCACACCUGCUAACUAUACUGCUGUGAUUCAGGAAAACAAGCCAGUGGGCACCAGCAUUUUGCAGCUGGUGGUGACAGACAGGGACUCCUUUCACAAUGGGCCUCCCUUCUCAUUCUCUAUUUUGGCGGGAAAUGAAGAGGAGGCGUUCCUGUUGGACCCACACGGGAUCCUGAGGUCGGCGGUGGUGUUCCGGCACACCGAGUCCCUGGAAUACGUGCUCUGUGUCCAGGCGAAGGACUCGGGUAACCCCCAGCAAGUGUCCCACUCCUACAUCCGUGUGCGGGUCAUCGAGGAAAGCGUCCACAAGCCGACAGCCAUCCCCUUGGAAAUCUUCAUUGUCACCAUGGAGGACGACUUUCCGGGCGGGGUCAUUGGCAAGAUCCAUGCCACAGAUCAAGACGUGUACGACGUGCUCACGUUUGCGCUGAAAUCAGAGCAGAAGAGCCUGUUCAAAGUGAACAGCCACGAUGGGAAGAUCAUUGCCCUGGGGGGCCUGGACAGCGGCAAGUACGUCCUGAACGUCUCGGUGAGUGACGGCCGCUUCCAGGUGCCCAUCGACGUGGUGGUGCACGUGGAGCAGCUGGUGCAUGCCAUGCUGCAGAACACCGUCACCCUCCGCUUCGAGAAUGUGUCCCCCGAGGACUUCGUGGGGCUGCACAUGCUGGGCUUCCGGCGCACGCUGCGGAACGCAGUGCUCUCCCAGAAGCAGGACAGCCUGCACAUCAUCAGCAUCCAGCCCGUGGCAGGCACCAACCAGCUGGACAUGCUGUUCGCCGUGGAAAUGCACAGCCGUGAGUUCUACAAGCCAGCCUACCUGAUCCAGAAGCUGUCCAAUGCCCGCAGGCACCUGGAGAACGUCAUGCGCAUCUCCGCCAUCCUAGAGAAGAACUGCUCAGGGCUUGACUGUCAGGAGCAACACUGCGAGCAAAGCUUGUCUCUGGAUUCCCACGCGCUCAUGACCUACAGCACGGCGCGCAUCAGCUUCGUGUGCCCGCGUUUCUAUCACAACGUGCGCUGCACCUGCAACGGAGGACUGUGCCCGGGGUCCAACGACCCCUGUGUGGAGAAGCCGUGCCCGGGGGACAUGCAGUGUGUUGGUUAUGAAGCCAGCCGGAGACCUUUCCUCUGCCAGUGUCCGCCGGGGAAGCUUGGAGAGUGCUCAGGGCACACUUCUCUCAGCUUUGCUGGAAACAGUUACAUCAAAUACCGGCUGUCUGAAAACAGCAAAGAAGAGGACUUUAAGCUGGCUCUGCGUCUGCGAACGCUGCAAAGCAAUGGGAUUAUAAUGUACACCCGAGCAAAUCCCUGCAUCAUUCUGAAGAUUGUGGACGGCAAGCUGUGGUUCCAGCUGGACUGCGGCAGCGGCCCGGGCAUCCUGGGCAUCUCGGGCCGGGCGGUCAACGACGGGAGCUGGCACUCGGUCUUCCUGGAGCUCAACCGCAACUUCACGAGCCUGUCCCUGGAUGACAGCUACGUGGAGCGGCGCAGGGCCCCCCUCUACUUCCAGACGCUGAGCGCCGAGAGCACCAUCUACUUUGGGGCCCUGGUGCAGGCCGACAACAUCCGCAGCCUGACAGACACGCGGGUCACGCAGGUGCUGAGUGGCUUCCAGGGCUGCCUGGACUCGGUGGUGCUGAACGCCCACGAGCUGCCGCUGCAGAACAAGCGCAGCAGCUUCGCCGAGGUGGUGGGCCUGACCGAGCUGAAGCUGGGCUGCGUGCUCUACCCGGACGCCUGCGCGCGCGCCCCGUGCCAGCACGGGGGCAGCUGCACCGGCCUGNUUUCCCCAGGCUAUCAGUGUUCCUGUCUCUCACAGUUCACCGGGAGAAACUGUGAAUCCGAGAUUACAGCCUGCUUCCCUAACCCCUGCCGGAAUGGAGGAUCCUGUGACCCAAUUGGGAACGCUUUCAUCUGCAAUUGUAAAGAUGGGCUCACGGGAGUCACGUGUGAGGAGGACAUCAACGAGUGCGAGCGAGAGGAGUGCGAGAACGGAGGUGCCUGCGUCAACCUGUUUGGCUCCUUCCUUUGCAACUGCACGCCCGGCUACGUGGGCCAGUACUGCGGGCUGCGCCCCGUGGUGGUGCCCGACAUCCAGGCGGGCCACUCCUACGUGGGCAAGGAGGAGCUGAUCGGCAUCGCCGUGGUCCUCUUCGUCAUCUUCAUCUUGAUCAUCCUCUUCAUCGUCUUCCGCAAGAAGGUCUUCCGGAAGAACUACUCCCGCAACAACAUCACGCUGGUGCAGGACCCCGCCACGGCCGCCCUGCUCAACAAGAGCAAUGGCAUCCCCUUCCGGAACCUGCGGGGUGAUGGGCGCAAUGUCUACCAGGAGGUGGGGCCGCCGCAGGUCCCCGUGCGCCCCAUGGCCUACACGCCCUGCUUCCAGAGCGACUCCAGGAGCAACCUGGAUAAGAUUGUGGAUGGGCUGGGGGGCGAGCACCAGGAGAUGACCACCUUCCACCCGGAGUCCCCCCGCAUCCUGACUGCCAGGCGGGGUGUGGUCGUGUGCAGCGUGGCCCCCAACCUGCCAGCAGUGUCCCCCUGCCGGUCGGACUGCGAUUCCAUCCGGAAGAACGGCUGGGAUGCAGGAACUGACAACAAAGGGGUUGACGACUCCGGAGAAGUAACCUGCUUCGCGGGCAGUAAUAAAGGCAGCAACUCGGAGGUUCAGUCCCUCAGCUCCUUCCAAUCAGAUUCUGGGGAUGACAACGCAUCCAUAGUGACCGUCAUUCAGCUUGUCAACAAUGUAGUUGACAAUAUAGAGAAUGAAGUGUCUGUCAUGGAUCAAGGACAGAACUACAACCGAGCCUAUCACUGGGAUACCUCCGACUGGAUGCCUGGAGCCCGUCUGUCCGACAUAGAGGAAGUGCCCACCCACGAAAACCAGGACGGAGGCUCCGCACAUCAGGGCGGCCCCCGGGAGCUGGAGAGCGAUUACUACCUGGGCGGCUAUGACAUCGACAGCGAAUACCCACCCCCCCAUGAAGAAGAGUUCUUGAGUCAGGACCAGCUGCCCCCUCCCCUGCCGGAGGACUUCGCAGACCAGUACGAGGCGCUGCCGCCCUCGCAGCCUGUCUCGCUGGCUGGCACCCUGAGCCCAGGCUGCAGGCGGCGGCCGCAGUUCCACCCCAGCCAGUACCUCCCUCCCCACUCGUUCCCCAACGAAACGGACUUGGUGGGCCCACCUGCCGGCUGUGAAUUUAGUACUUUUGCUGUGAACUUGAACCAGGGCUCCGAGGCCGCGAGACCGGCAGACGGCGUGUCUUUAUCCUUGCACAAUUCCAGAGGCACCUCGUCCUCGGAUGUGUCGGCCAACUGCGGCUUUGACGAGUCCGAAGUGGCCAUGAGCGACUAUGAGAGCGUAGGGGAGCUCAGCCUGGCCAGCCUCCACAUUCCGUUCAUGGAGACGCAGCACCAGACCCAAGUGUAGGGGACUCAGCGCUGUUUGUCAUCGCAACGUCCAGGGAGAUGGGCUGGGCGUCCGUCUGUCCGCCCGCCCGUCUCAAUGGAGAGGGGGAGUGCUGCAGUCUGGAGCGAGAAGGAAAGAACAGUAUUUUCCGCUAGGAACUUCUUCCCCCGGGACGCUGUCACAAGCCAGCUCGAUUCCAAUUGGGUGGAAAUGAAGGGUUCAGAAAUUGUUUCCAAGGGGUGACUGAGAGCCCUGGCAGUACUUCCCUACCUCCAUGGCAAAGAAGGCACACCAAGCUUUUAGAGGGCAAAAGGUGAUUUCACCCGCUGAGUUACCUGGUGGCUCUUCAGUGGCUUUGUGCAGUACUGUGCCCUGGAAUGGCCUGCAGUAUUCUGAAUGGGCAACAAUCAACGGGGCAUUGUUGCAUGGGAUGUGGGGCGGGGGAGUGGAAAGAGUAGUUAUGAUGGUUGGAAAGCUAGUCUCUUAGGUAAAAGACAAGAGGAACAAAAAUAAAAUAUUAUUAAGCCAACAAGAAAAUGGGCUGAAGCCUUUAAAUUCUAUUUUUUUUAAAUAAGCUGCCCAAUUUUCAGCUAUAAAAUUAGGCUUAGAUGACGUGUUGACUAUGCUCAAUUAUUUCUGUUUGUUUGCUUGUUUCAGCAUCCAAUGUAAUGUACCUGGGUUUUCUCAUCUCUGAGAAAGGUGAGGUAUUUGGAUGCCUUUCUGAGGGCUAGAGAUAAGGAUCGUGUGAUCCGAGCAUUAGAAAGAAUGUGAUUGUCUGGUUUGGGUUCAUUAAAAAUUCCUGAGGACCGCUGCAAUGCGAGCAUUGCAACAGAAAUUGGCCUUUGUUCUGAGACCCAGAAAGUGAAUAGAGAGAGGGAGGGAGAAGGAUGUCUGCUCUCUUAAAUGAAAACUGUUUAGAAGCUGAAGCAGAAUUCACAAAUUCCGAAAAAUACAUAUAUGAUGCUUUGCAAGUUUUUUUCAGGCUGGAUAAUCAUAAUUCUUGAUAAUGCAGGUAAAGGGUGCUUUUUCCUCUAAAUUGUUAGCAUCGUCACUAUAAAUGCAAUUAUGGUUUUAAAAGGAAAGUCGCGUCGUUGUUGUAUAUAAAUGGUAAGAGUGUGUGUGUCUGGGCCUACCUUCGAAGAUGGGCUUGCACUCAAUCGGGCUGCUCUUGAGGAACACUGAGGUGAAGGUUUCAGGACACGGACCAUGUUGCAAACCCUGCCCACGAGGCAGAACUUCCCAUUUCCCUGACCCUCUCUGAGGUCAGAGAAACACCAAAUGCCAUCAUUUUACUCCGGUUUAGUUGGCUUUAUUUUGCUACUACCAUUUAUAGCCACGGGAAACAGAAUUGUGCUUUGUAAAAGCAGUGUUUUGUUAUCAUUUUUCAGAUCUAAACCCAACUGGAAGACUCUGUAAUGUUUCAUUAUUCCCUGGGCCUCUCCUCUCAUUCAGACCUUCAGGUUUGGGCCACGAAUUGCUAAAAUUGAAAGGAGAAUUGUUCCACUGGAAAUAAAGUUACACGAAACUUCAAGCCAGCCGGUUAAGCGAAGGACUGGCCUCCAUUGCUUCCGUCUCCAUGUGGCUGCGGGUGCAGGGGCCAUGGCAAAGGAAUGUAUAUUUGCACUAUUGUUUAAUGAGCAAAUCUGUGUCCACAGUCUCGGAUGGCAUAUGACAUUGGUGUGUAAACCAUAUUGUCCCCAGUCUGCCAAUCAUCCACUCCGACAAGCAUUCACUUAUUUCAACUGCAUCGAAUCCACUGACUUCUCCUUCUAUGUUAGUGCUUCUGAGCCAUUCUUCAGGAAAUUCCCCCCUUUGUUCCCAAGCUUCCUGCGUAAGUGGACCCACCUGACAGGUUUUCAGCCUCUCUCUUCUUCCUGUCUCUUCCUCGAACCACCUCACAGUGGUAUUAGCCACACGGUGGUCUGGAAAUAAAGGGAUUUCACUAAGUCUGCUUUAGAGACGAAAGUCUUGGCUGUAGUUUCUUAUGUAGAAGCACGUUUGCAAGAAUCAUGGGGAAAAGGACAAGCCAAUGCUCUAAAAUAGACUUCUGGUCACACUUUCAAUAAUGCAAUAGCCGAGAAACCAUCCAAGUAAAAGCAACAAUCUACCCCUCACCCCCAGGAACUAUUAGAUCAAGAUUAAUGCGGACCAGUCAUCACUGCUUACACAGCAGCUCCCAGGGGAGAAUGCCUGAGUGAUGCCGCAAUGAAGGAAUAAAUAGAUCCUAAUGCAGCUGUGAACCCACUGAAGGAAACUCGGCCCACCCCUUGCUCUGACCUAGAUAGCAUACCCCUUUCCUCAGAGUAUUUUCCUCCUGAUUUUCUGCAGAGUAGCUAAAAGCAUACCAGACAUGCACAUGUUAUAUUUGGACUCAUUAUCUUUAAACACAUAAUAUCUCUUCACUUUUUUUCUCCCACCCUAGGAAAAUUAGAUUUCCCUAUAAAGUAAGAAAUGGUUUGUCUCCUGGCCAAGAGGGGCUGGGGUGGGGGGUGGGGGUGCACGCGGAUUUGAAGAGCUCAAGAUGAACUGACGUGCUGCUCGCUCAGGAUCCCUAGAAGCAUGCCCAGAGAGGGGAAGGAACUUGACCACCGUUGCACAGGAAGUUAUGUGACCAAACGGGAACGGGAGCCCACUCCUUACAGAAAUAUUAUUUCUGUAUAACAUGCCAGUCACCACUGAACUACCUUGAGCAUGGUAGUCACCUGCUUCUGCUCUAGUCUAGCAGCUAGACGCCUACCAUUCCUGCUUUGGAAUAUGCUAGGAAAGGAGACUCCUGGAGGAUGUUUCCUGGGCAGCCUCACGAACUGAUGGUCCCUGUCAGGCCCAUGGGACAGGUAGAUGUCACAACUUUCUGUAGAAAAACAUGACUUUGGCCAAAUGAUUUUUUUUUAAUGGCGUGAAAUGAUCAUUACAUAACUGAAAUGAUCAUUACAUUUACACCUUGUGCUAAAACGUUGGUUUUCACAUUGCCGAGCGGGUCCAUUUUUGUUUGAGUCUUUGUUUUCCUCCCGCUCAGUCUUCCUUUGGGUCCUUACCCUGCCACCCUAAUGGGCCCUGUGGGCAUUCUUUCAAACCUGUCCUUGUGAAUUAGGUGAAAGUGUACAGAGCAAAUCCACGUUCCAGUCCACAAUCCAUCCCUAUCUUGUUUCCUGCUGCUGAUGGCAAUGCCUAUGAAGAAGUAUCACCUCUCUCACUCCUUCUCCGGAGUUCCUAUCUCCAGACCUCUUCCUUCCCUUCCCCUUCCUGCUUGCUGAGCUUUGUCCUUGGGUGGAUGCUGCCCCCUUGAUGCCAAAUGACUGAUCAUUCUGAGGCAGGGGUAUCUCCCUGGUAUUAUGAUGCACAGUGGAAUCCUCGCUGUGGUUUUUGUGAACCCUGAGCCACGGGGGUGGGUUCAUUUCUAGCCCCGAAGGAUGACUACAGGCCCUGGUCUCUGGGUUCCACCAGUCUCUAUUCAACCAGUAAACGUGGUCGUGUUUGUGAUUUUGAGUCUUGUUCCACAAUUUGCUUCACACGGGAACUGUUUAAGCCAAUCUUUGUGUUUUUGUGUUCCUAACAUAUGCUACCUCCUGGGAGCCAGUUUUUCCAUCACCUGUUGUAGGCACUUUACCUGUAUUGCACACACUCUGGUUAGCUUGAGGAUAUAUCGGUGGAUUGUGGGUCUUUGUCAUAGCGUAAGUAGGAGUCAUAGAGUUGUCAGAGAUGAAUGAAAAUAGUUGCCUGCUUUUGUCCCUUUCCUCCGUUUGGCUGCUAGGUCACUUCCACCCCAGCUUUCAGUGUACCCAUGAAAUGCCAACCUAGAAGACUUGGCAACGUGAGUUGAUCAGAAAGCCACUGUGAAGGGCCAGAAAGGGAACUGAUGACGCAUUCCUGAACAUUACCUUGAACUGCCCUUUGGAAUUCUCAGCACAGCCUGGGGGAAAAAGCAACAUGCAUUCUGUUGACCCCUCUUUCUUCUUUCCAAGCCACCCAACCUGCUGCUCCCACUAAUGCUGUGUCUACACAAUCAAAGUCAGGGAAACUGAGAUGAUUAGGAUGAAUCACUUCCAAGACCCAGAAAACACUUUAGUCUGAAAUCAUUCAGGAAGAUCCAGUGUUUGUUGUGCAUGGAUUGUCGAGCUAAUUGUCUGGCCUCUUCGUCCCGCUGCCCGCUGCUCGUCUUGCUAAGGCGGCCGGGCUCUCAUGCUUCCUGUUUUCCAUUUCACACCGUGGGAGAUGGAGCUAUGAAGAGACGCUUCUUCUGUAUUGUCAUUCUGUGUGGUCUGUAAGAAGGUAGUCCUGUAUUUUCCGCUGGUUUGUGUCCUGCAACUGCACAUUAUUCUGAUGAAAAUCCACAGUCUUCAAACGACUAGCUAUGGAAUUCUGGGGCUUAAAGUCGCCAUUUGUGGGUUUGUCAUCAGUUAAUAUUUAGCCAGCUGGCUAAGAGCCAGGAAAAGAAUGAGAUAUUUCUUUCCUUAUGUAAUAAUGAAAAGCAAUAAUUACAAGUAUGUAAUAUUACACAAAGGCCAUAAUUAGUCUCUUCCAGUGUUUAGGAUGCACUAGAGAAUCACAAAGUCAUUUGGAGUGUGUUUGGACCAUUAGUCUGUACUGUAGUACCCUUUCCGCAAACAAGUACCUGAAUUGCUACUAUUUAACAAUUUUAUGAGCCCAUACUACUGCAUUUCGGGGUGGGGGGAAGUGACAAAUGUGUUUGGAAAUGGAAGCAGUUCUUUUUAAGCACUGUAUCAGAAAGAUUGUCUUGUAAAUUUACCUGUUGCAAACAGGCUGGUUUGUAAAAGAUGUAUGUUUUGGUGUUUAAAAUGUUUAUAAAAUUGUAUAUAAUGGUUUCGAUUUUCCAAGCUUUUGUAGAUAACUGCAUUUGAUGCCUAUCCGGAUGCUUUAAUUUGGGGAGGGGAGGUUCAAAAAGAAUUUUAAGUCAUCCAAGCGUUUGGUCUGCAAACUUUGAGGUGUACACACACACACACACACAGACACACACACACACACGGAUUUUAAAUUUGCAAACAAUGUUUUGUAAUCAUUUCCAAUUGUCUUAUAAACUUCUUUUGGAUUCUUUUGGAUAAAACAACCUGCUAGUUGUUUUCAUUUAACUUUUGUUUUCAAAAAAAAAAAAAUGAUUUUUACUGACUUCUUUUUUUUUAAUGAACAUGUUCUGCCCGGUUAUUAUGUAGCUGAUUUUUAUACCAUUUCAGAUUCACAAUGAGGUAUUGCCAUUUCUUCAUACACAUCUGAGUCCUCACCUGAACUUUCACUCAACCCAACCUUAUGCAAAGGGGAAAGCUAACACUUAGAGUGGCUCUUGUCCCUGGUGGAAAUGCAUUGUUCCUGCAUAUAUUGCUGUUGGCAGUAUUCGGUCUCGUGUUCCUUUUCUUAAAAAAACAAAACAAAAAAAACACCAAAAAUAAGAACCCAAUAUUGUACAGGUUUCUAACUGCCAAAAUUUGAUGGUUGAACCAAGUUUUCAAGUA